UUAUUAAAGAAAUAAAUAUUGCAUUUUGUCUUCAAUUUUGUGUAAUAAUCGCUUGAAUAACGAAUUGAAUUCAAUUAUUACUUUAGUUUUGUUAAAGACUUAGUGGUCAUCAUUGAGAUCACAGACAACUGAUCACAACAACAACAACAACAAUGAAGACCCGAUUCUCGACAUUUGACAUAAGUGUCGUUUGCGCCGAACUCAGCCAAUCGCUGGUCGGUAUGCGUGUGAAUCAAGUCUACGAUAUCGACAACAAAACCUAUUUGUUUCGACUUAACAAAAGUGGUCAACAAUCGGAAACCGAAGAAUCGGUCAAAGAGUCGCUGAUCAUUGAAUCGGGAAUACGGAUCCAUUCGACACAAUACGAUUGGCCGAAGAGUAAUACUCCCAAUGGAUUUACAAUGAAAUUGAGAAAACAUCUGAAGAAUAAACGAUUGGAAAGUAUCACUCAAUUAGGUGUUGACCGAGUGGUUGAUCUCAAGUUUGGAUCAAACGAGGCUUCAUAUCAUGUAAUCCUUGAGCUCUACGACAGGGGAAACAUUGUUAUCACUGACUAUCAGUAUAUUAUUUUGAAUAUUCUUCGGCCCCGAAAGUCGGGCGAUGAAGACGUAAAACUUGUGGUCAGAGAGAAGUAUAAUAUUGAAACUGCAAAAACUAUGAAAGACUACAAGACAUUAGUUGGCGACGAACUCAAAGAGGUUUUAGAGAAAGCAAAGGACGGAGAAAAUCUGAAAAAAGUGUUGAAUCCUUUGGUGAUAUUUGGUGCACAACUUCUGGAGCAUUCGUUCAUUGAAUUUGAUUUGAAACCAAAGCUAAACAAAUCUGAUUUGAAUUUAAAUCAAAUUGAAAAGGCAUUGGAUUUGUGUAAUAAUAUUAUGCAAAAUAAAAACGGUUUGUCAAAAGGUUUUAUCAUUCAGAAGGAAGAAAAACGAAUCGGAGAACCAAAUGCUUCUGUCGUUACAUAUCUUGAAUUUCAUCCAAUUUUGUUGAAUCAAUUUAAAGAUAGUAAAGAUCCGAAUCAGAGUUAUAUCGAAACGGAUACCUUUGACAAAGCUGUCGAUAUGUUUUUCUCUAGUAUUGAGAGCCAGAAGAUUGAUGCAAAAGCGCUGAGCCAUGAAAAGGAUGCGAUAAAGAAGUUGGACAAAGUCAAGACCGAUCACAUGAAACGUAUUGAAGCUCUGAAUAAGGUCCAGGAAGAAGACAUUCGCAAAGCACGACUAAUUGAARUGAACAGUGAUAUCGUAGAGAAGGCGCUACUUGUCUUGAGAAGUGCAAUCGCUAACCAGUAUUCGUGGAAAGAUAUUCAGGAACUAAUAGACGACGCCAAGGCUGAAGGAGAUGCUAUUGCCAGUCGUAUAACUGGUUUGAAAUUAGAUAAAAACAACUUCACAAUGAAGUUGAAUGAUCCGUACGAAGAGGCAGACACAGCGUUGGUCGACAUUGACAUUGAUUUGUCCGCCUUUGCAAAUGCAAGAAAAUAUUAUGAUAGACGAAGAAAUGCGGCCAUCAAAGAGCAAAAGACUAUCGAAAGUUCUGCGAAAGCCUUUAAAAGCGCUCAACAGAAGGCCAUGAAAACACUUAAAGAAGUUGCCGUCAAAACUAAUAUUACAAAAGCAAGAAAAGUCUUAUGGUUUGAAAAGUUUCUGUGGUUUGUCAGCUCUGAUAACUAUAUUGUUAUCGCCGGAAGGGAUGCCCAACAAAACGAGUUAAUUGUUAAGCGCUAUAUGAAACCAACCGAUAUCUAUGUCCACGCGGACACACACGGAGCCACUACAGUAGUCAUUAAGAAUGCCAAUCCAACACAACCUAUUCCACCGAAAACAUUGAACGAAGCGGGAGAGGCAGCCAUUUGUUAUAGCUCUGCCUGGGAUUCAAAGACUGUGAUCAGUGCCUUCUGGGUUCAUCCCAAUCAGGUCUCUAAAACGGCUCCUUCAGGUGAAUAUCUAUCUGUGGGUUCUUUUAUGAUCAGAGGAAAGAAAAAUUAUUUGCCACUCAGUCAACUUGUUAUGGGAUUUGGAUAUAUAUUUAAAUUGGACGACGAAAGCACUGAAAGACGUCGUAAUGAAAGAAAGCGAACCAUUUCUUUAAAUUCUGARUUAUCGACAACUACGACAACAAACACAGAAACUGAAUCACAAAUUGAAGAAGAGAUUGUCUGUGAAGACUCGGACUCUGAAGACGAAGCGACUGUUUUUCCCGAUACUAAACCUAAACUUGAUAUUCAAAUGAACGAUACAUCAAAUGAACAGAUUAUUGAUGAAAUCAAUGAAGACGAAAGUCAUACAAUUGUUAAGUCGAAAGAACCCAGAAUUAAGCAAACGAUUACCAAAGCAAAGCUUAGAAACCAGAAAAAUAAUAAAAAUGUUAAUAAAAAUGAUCAAAAAAUUGAUAAAAUUGAUGUAAACGAUGAUAAAAAACAACAACAACCGAAACGCGGACAAAGAGCUAAGUUGAAGAAAAUGAAAGAAAAAUAUAAAGAUCAGGACGAAGAGGAACGGGAGCUUAGAAUGGCUAUAUUGGGACAUAAAAUCGAUAAAAAUAAGUCAAAUAAUAAAAUUACAGAAAAAGACAAAGAAAUUGAUAUAAAAACAAAUGAGAAAAUUAAUGUUAAUAAAGAUCAAGAAAAAGAUGUUAAGAAUAAUGUUAAAGAAUUAUCUGUCAAAUUAAAUGAACAGAAAAUUGAAGACAAGACUGGAAAUAGUGGUGACAAACACAACGAUGAUAAUGAUAAACUUGAUGAACAAGUAGAUGAUGACAAUGAUGAUGAAGAUGAAGAUGUUGGAACAGCUGUUGGCCAAUCGGAUGACGUUAAAAUAGUUGAAACACUAACUGGUGUUCCUCUUAGUGAAGAUAAUCUUUUGUUUGCCAUUCCUGUUUGUGGUCCAUAUUCUGCAAUCAAUGGCUAUAAAUAUAAAGUAAAAGUAAUGCCCGGAACCAGUAAAAGAGGAAAAGCAGCCAAAACUGCCACUCAAUUAUUUCUUAGAGAUAAAACUGGAACACAAAGAGAAAAAGAUUUAUUAAAAGCUGUCAAAGAUUUGGAUAUUUCGAAGAAUAUUCCGGCAAAAGUCAAGAUAACAGCUCUGAACUUGAAUUCUGUUAAGUCUAAGAAAUAGU